AUGCUAAGCGGGAAGAUACUUCUGUGCGUGUUAUUAAUUGCUGCGUGGCGGGGGGCGCGAUCUGCCAGCAUACCGUUCCUUAGGCCGGUGCACAUAGCCGACAUAAAGGAUGUCGAAGACGAGGGCGCGGAAAUGCGGAUCCCGGUGGAGCUGAUGCGGGCGCGGGUGAGGGAGGGCGUGCCUCCGCCCCUGUGCGCGGGAAGGUGCGCCUCGCCUCCCGCCGGGCCUGUCUGCGCCUUCGACGCGACCGGCACGGCAAGGACCUUCGCCACGCUGUGCGAGCUGGAGGCGGUUUCGUGUCGCGAAAGCACGUAUUACGCCAUCACAAGCCUCGGCGAAUGU